AUGAACUACCAAGUGUUAAUUACCGGAGAGCAGGACAUCAAGACUGCUCACAAACGACGAAAUGUCUAUCUCCGACCCUUCCUCCUAUUCUGGCUCAAUUCUCUUUUCGCAGAAAUCAUUUUCUUGGCCGUUGGUAUUUUCAUUAUGACGGGGACCCGGGACCUUCUUUAUAAGGCUUUAUGGACUUUGGUUUUCUGUCCGCUAGGAAUGGGCGGCGCGAUGGGAGGUCUGAUCAACUGCUUUAUUGUUGACCAUUACUAUGGGAAAAAAGCGGCACAUUUCACCGGUAUCCUGUCACUACUCAUACUAAGCAGUUGUAACUACCUGUGCUAUAAUCUUGAUCGACAUUUCGGUUGGUUUGGGGCGACUGAACAUCCACUGUGGUUCCACUGGCGCUACCCAAUGAUAUGGAUGGUUGGUUACUUCAAUGGACUUCUGUUGUUCACGGAUCGAGGCCAGGAGCGAUUGGCCAAGCUGGGACUUUGA